GGCUGUUUGAGGACCCUGAUGUAGACGUUCAGUCAAUUCGCACUGAAGGUAUAUUGGUAUUGUAGAGACUGCUAUUUUGAAGUGAUCGUUCACUUCACCAGCAGCCGGAAGUUCCCCUCGGUCGCUUUGAAUACGGGAGAGUGUUCGCUUCACGAAGCAAUCAGGGACACCCCUUACAGUCAAACCAUAUCUUGAUACAGUGAAGAAGCCGCGGACAAUCACCAUGACUACAGAGCUUCCCACGAACAUUAAUAUCAAGGAGCCGCGAUGGGACCAGGACACCUUCAUGGGUCGCGCGAAACACUUCUUUACCGUCACCGACCCCCGGAACAUUCUCUUAUCCAACGAGCAACUGGAGAACGCCCGACAGAUUAUCCACGACUACAGACAGGGGGUGGUGUCCCCAGGCCUCACAGAAGACCAACUCUGGAGGGCGAAGUACGUCUACGACUCUGCCUUCCACCCGGAUACCGGGGAGAAGAUGCUCCUGAUUGGCCGAAUGUCCGCGCAGGUCCCCAUGAACAUGACCAUCACGGGAUGCAUGAUGACAUUCUAUAAAACGACUCCAGCGGUUGUGUUCUGGCAGUGGAUCAACCAGUCGUUUAACGCCAUAGUGAACUACACCAACCGGAGUGGAGACGCACCCAUCACUGUCAGUCAGCUCGGUACAGCCUACGUAUCCGCUACGACAGGCGCCGUGGCAACAGCUUUAGGGCUAAACACACUAACCAAGCAUGUCUCGCCUCUGAUUGGCCGAUUCGUCCCCUUCGCCGCCGUAGCUGCUGCUAACUGUAUCAACAUCCCGCUGAUGAGGCAAAGAGAGUUGAAGCAUGGUAUCCCAAUAAUGGACGAGAAUGACAACAGGCUGGGGGAGUCAUCGAAAGCCGCCCAACAGGCCAUUUCCCAGGUUGUGGUGUCCCGAAUCCUCAUGGCCUCCCCAGGAAUGGCUAUCCCACCGUUUUUGAUGAACACUUUGGAAAAGAGGGCGUUUCUGAAGAGGUUUCCGUGGAUGAGCGCGCCCAUACAGGUGGGACUGGUGGGAAUCUGCCUGGUGUUUGCCACCCCUCUCUGCUGCGCCCUGUUUCCCCAGAAGAGCUCGAUGUCGGUGAGCCGCUUGGAGCCGGAGUUGCAGGAGAAGAUCCGGGCGAGUCACCCGGGGGUGGAGAGGGUGUAUUUCAAUAAAGGACUGUGAGACCCCCCCGCCAUGCCAGACCAGCGUGUUACCCAGGAAAACAGCUCGAGAUAACCCUUCGUCGUGUGUGCCAAAGUCCCCUCCUCUUUCAUCGCAAAAUUCCAGAGUUGUAAUUAUUAUUCCUAUUUUUAAAUCGACAGCCUUUUAUCAUGCCUGAUCUGUGUUAGGGAAGUAGCAGUGGGGGUGGGAUUAGGGAUGGGGUUUAGGGAAUGGGGUUUGUUUGCUUGAACACGUUUACCUUUUCACAGUAUUGAUUCUGUUUUGUUUUUUUGUAAAUCACGUCGUACCAUAAUCUGCCUCAUUUUCCACAUCGUUUCAAAUUAAGUAGUCUUCGGAAAAAGGGUGUUUUCUCUCCGUUGCUCCAAUGUCUUAUUUUUGUUUGACGUAGUCAGACCUCAGUGGCAAAAUGUGGAUUUAUUAUGAUCUAAUAAUGGGUUUAUUGAUCUUGCUCUGCUCCUCACUGUCAAAAGUGCAAUUUCCAGGAAGUAGAAAUCAGGAAAAAUGCAGCCCCGCCUACUGUCAGGUUUUUUGUUGUGUGCCAAAAUUGGUAAAGCUCACUACCUUUUAUAAACCUCCCCUCAGGGCUCACCUGAGCUUUGGAAUGAUCACACGCUGCAGGUGAUUUCUGAUAUAGACGGAAUCAGGCAGUCAUAUUUCCCAUCACUGGUGCUGUGAUAAUAUAUGUAUUUAUAGGCUACAACUUAUGGAUCAUAGCUAUUACUUCUGUCUGCCUGUCAGCCAAACAUGCAUGAACAAAACCCGCCAUCUCUCGAACCAGACAAAGAGGGGUCGAGUCACAUUUCAAAAAUCAAGUUCUUAAAGAGUGACCUACCUGUGCAAUAAACUAAUUACAGGGAUUUUUUGACCUGGCGAAGCCCACGGUUUUGUGGUCUCCGGGUUUUUGCAGAAAUUGAGCAAGCCCGCAAAACGGCAGCCCUCAACGCGCGAGCAGUCCCUCCGCAAAGCCGGGCCUUUUGAAAUGUGGCUCGUCACGCUCAAAUGUGGUUUCUAACACGCAAUGGGAUGGUAGGUAGGGUCCCUCUUUCAGUUUGCAGGGUGUGUUUGUUUUUUUUGUUUUUGUUUUUUUUUGGUCAAGGGAAGCACAGUCACAAGGCAGCACAGUGCAGCAUAUUUUCACUCAAGGGUUUGUAUCUCUGAAGUAUGGGAUCACUUCUGCUUCUGUGGGGAUCACUGGUGCUUUUGCCUUCCCCCCCCCCCCCCAAACUCAAGAACUGUACGCUUGAGCCGUAACCGAUCAAUUGAGGCUGGGCUCGAUUGUGCUAAUACUCCUAGUCAACUGCGUGUUGACUGACAGGCCUAAUGCCGUCACCAUGGCAAUCAGGAUUUUCACUCUAAUGCUGAUGGGGAAUGCAAUAGUUCAAGACGAAUGCUCAUGAAUCCCACCCCCCCACCCCCCCGAUUUAUUGCCAAUAUAUUUUCAGUGUCAACCUCAUUUCAGUACGAUUCUGUUUCUGUGAACAUAAAAAAAACGAUUUAUAUAGUUAUAUAUUUCCAAGGCUUGUGGUACGGUUAGGAUGUGCACAGGCACAGACAAACAUCCAUGCUUUCGAAAGAUUUGAGUAGUCUCGUUCCGAUAGCCUGAAGAUAGAUAUAGUAUGAAUGUGAUUUUUAUAGAUGAAUUUUAAAGCAAAGUAAUUAUUAGUUUUGACAUUUACCAAGUGAUUAAGCUUUGUUAAACUGAUGAUGUUGUAAUUCAGGGGUGCACAACUCCAGUCCUGGAGGCCUAGUCCGUGUGCGGGUUUUUGUUCCAACCAGUUACCUUAGUUUUGGAUUUCUGACAGCUCUAUAAACUAUGCUGGUUCAUUUGUGUAUUUGAGUGCAGUAAAAUCUUUAGGAUACUCUUCCAGUCUGCGGCUGUAGCUGGUGCUUAUACAAAUACCAGCACCAAUUAAAGAUGUGAUCGAGCUAGUGAAAUAACUGGGUGUGGAAGUUGGCACGAAAUCCUGAAAUGGAUCGGCCAUUGUCGCGCACCCCUGAUCUAAACCUAUUUAUGAUGAUUAGAAAUCAUUUUCUGGCCACAGUUCUGGAGGGCUUUACUUCUUCACAUGUAUGAAAUCUUAUGUAAAUGUGAUGCGUAAAGGGGAACUUCAUCCUAA